AUGGCGCCGGCUGAUCUCCCACCAGGCUUUAGGUUCCAUCCAACUGAUGAGGAGCUUGUGAACUAUUACCUCAAGAGGAAGGUCCAUGGUCUCAGCAUUGAGCUCGACAUAAUCCCUGAAGUAGACCUCUACAAAUGUGAGCCUUGGGAGCUAGCAGAGAAAUCAUUCCUGCCUAGUAGAGACUCCGAGUGGUAUUUCUUUGGGCCAAGGGAUAGGAAGUAUCCAAAUGGAUGCCGCACAAACCGCGCAACCCAAGCAGGAUACUGGAAAUCAACAGGCAAAGAUCGGCGAAUCAACUACCAGAACAGAUCAAUCGGCAUGAAGAAGACAUUGGUCUACUACAAGGGUCGAGCUCCUCAGGGGCUGAGGACCAACUGGGUGAUGCAUGAGUACCGCAUCGAGGAAAGCGAAUGCGAGAACACCAUGGGGAUUCAGGACUCAUAUGCACUGUGUCGCGUCUUCAAGAAGAAUGUGGCACUCGGAGAGUUUCAGAAGCAAAAGCAAGGCGAGUGCAGCUCAUCACAAGCUAAAGAAAAACAAGAACAGUUUACAAGUGUUGGGGAUGCUGGACAGUCAUCUGGUUCAAAUGAGCAUGGUAAAGACAACACAUGGAUGCAGUUCAUAGCUGAUGAUCUAUGGUGCAACAAAACAAAGUGA